AGUUAUAAAUGUAGGUGUGCAUUCUGUUUCAUGCCAGGUACGAAGAGUUAUAAGAAAUCCAUGGGCUCAUUGCAUAUUCACUGACUGGACUGCUGUAAAGUAUUCCGAUUCAUUCUAACGGAUGGAGCAGCUAGUCAAGAAUCUGAGUCUGAGUUUCAACGAAGAAAAUCAAAUCAUCGAGACAUUGAAAGAAUGGAAAAUAAAUGCUAAACCAUCAGAUUUAGACGACAAUGAGAAAAGAUGGUUGUUUGCUGGCAUAUGUCUGAACACUGUAUUAGUACCAUCCUUGAGGAAAUAUAUUGUUCCAAUUUUAACUGAACUUUAUAAUGAAUUAACUUUGAACCAUAAGAUUGAUACGCAAACAUAUCCAACACAUUUAAAACAAUAUCAGCCAACAAAGACCUACCUGAAUUAUGAAGCUGUCAACAACAGCAAAGCAACGCAUGGUUAUCAAAAGGCAAAGUACGACUAUGCAAUCAAGAGUGUUGUUGAUAUAUCCAAGCUUUUUGUACAAACACACAUGGCUCAUUAUACAGGCUUUGAUGAGACCUGUAACUCCUCCUCUGUAUUGGGAUUAAUCAUCAACAUUGACAAGUUUCCUCCAGUUGUAAGGUCAGAUGCUGAGUAUGUAAAACUUUUACCAGCAGACAAUGUUAAAGUGACGACCUCCAAAGAUGAAUCAGCAACUAUAAGAGACGAUAUUGAAAUACAGGGACAUACAGGAGGCAAGCAUGAAGGUACCUGCAGUUACUUUUAA